AUAGUACUCAUAAACCUCUAACUUUGUAGCAAUAUUACAUAUCUUCAGCACGAGAACUUGUGAGGUUGGUUGGAGUAUGCAAAGCUCCAGUGAUACAAAAAUUUUCUGAAACGAUUUCAGGAGCAACGACUAUCAGGAGCUUUGAUGAAGAACCAAGAUUCAGAGAGAAAAACAUGAAACUAAGUAUGUUGUUGCAGAUUGGUAGUUCUAUUGAUUAUUGAUGUAUGUUGAUAAAGAAUGGUGAAGGCAUGUGAGACAACUCAAUUCUGUUUUCUCCUGUCAAGGCAUUGCUGGCCUAGCUGUGACAUACGGACUCAAUCUGAAUAUGUUGCAAGCAAUGGUAAUAUGGAGUCUGUGCAAUCUGGAGAACAAAAUUAUAUCAGUUGAGAGAAUAAUUCAGUACUCUUAACAUUCCCAGUGAGCCUCCUCUUGUGAUCGAAACAAAUCACCCAGCUCAUUCUUGGCCAUCUCAUGGAAAAAUUGAUAUUCAUGAUCUGCAGGUCCGUUAUGCCCCACAAAUGCCACUUGUGUUGCGGGGCCUUACAUGCACUUUUCCAGGAGGGUUGAAAACUGGUAUUGUAGGGAGGACAGGCAGUGGUAAAUCAACUCUUAUACAGACACUUUUCCAGAUUGUUGAACCUGCAGCUGGCCAGAUUAUAAUAGAUGGUGUCAACAUCUCAUCCAUUGGACUGCAUGAUUUGCGGUCAAGACUAAGCAUCAUUUCUCAGGAUCCAACAAUGUUUGAAGGGACUGUUAGGAGCAAUCUGGAUCCUCUUGAAGAAUACACUGAUGAACAGAUUAGGGAGGUGAAUUUGAUUUAUUUUGAAGGGGGAGGAAGUUGUAGUUUGCAGCCUUUCCUCCUAGUAAGAAGCAUUUGUUUUAAUUGGUAUUUGACGUUCAAUGGUUGCUAAAACCAAGUUUUAAUUGAAUUAGGCUCUUGAUAAGUGCCAACUUGGAGAUGAAGUUAGGAAGAAGGAAGGAAAACUAGAUUCUACAGUUAGUGAGAAUGGAGAAAAUUGGAGCGUGGGACAGAGACAGCUCGUUUGUCUUGGCCGUGUGUUACUGAAGAAAACUAAGGUCUUUUUUUUUGAGGAAAGAAAACUAAGGUCUUAGUGCUUGAUGAAGCUACUGCAUCUGUCGACACAGCUACUGAUAAUCUGAUUCAGCAAACCCUAAGGGAACACUUUUCAGACUGUACAGUCUUAACUAUUGCACACCGGAUAACUUCCAUCCUAGACAGUGACAUGGUUCUGCUUCUACAUCAUGGACUCAUUGAAGAGUAUGAUUCUGCGGCAAGACUGCUGGAAAACAAGUCUUCAUCUUUUGCUCAGCUUGUAGCAGAGUAUACUACAAGGUCAAAUUCUAGUUUCGACCAUUGAACAUCAGACCUUAAUGAUUGCAGCUGAGAGGAGUUUUGUCAUGACAAUGACGAAGAUUUGCUGGGAUGAUUUAAUAUUUUCGCACUUAGCAUUAAAGAUAAUGGCAUCGAGAUGACUCAUCAUGUACUUUAUAUACAUUGUUUGAAAUAGUAUCUAUCUUGUGUGGUUGUGAUAUCUAUUGUUUUUUCAAUAAUAUUUCCGGUUACUUGCUCUAGGUUGCAUAGUUUAUAAGGGUUUCAAAUUAGGGAAGUAGCUAGAAAGAUGAAGAUAUAGUGGUCGGACCCUUUUCAAUUUUCAUCCAGCCGAGUCUUGUACGGUCAAAUAUUGGCUAAGUUGAAGAGAUGUAUCCUUUUGGUGUAUUGUAACUGUAUAUUCAAAGUUGAAACGAUACAUACUGUUGU